AUGGCCAGUACGAAGCGCGCUCGUUCACCUUCACCUCCAAGUUCUUACCUCUACUCGAACAAGAAAUCAAAUUCCGUGAUAGAAGCGCGCGUAGAUCCAAUCUAUGGACAGCGAAGUGCGCUUCCAGCAGAUGAUGAUUCUCUCAGCUUAGACGAGGACGGUAUAGAUGCUCUGAAUUAUUUGAGAUCUGUUAGAGCCGAAGCAGAAGACCUCCCACCAAUAUUUUACGCCCCCGCAGAGACUGCGAGCUCUAACAACAACGGCGAGUACGAUCGAUCGAUAUAUGAGAGUGGCGUGGGCGAUUUCAGAGGAUAUUAUGCGGAUGGUGCUUAUUAUGCAACGGCCGAAGUUGAAGACGAAACAGAGGAUGAGGAACAUAAAGGCCAAGAUCCUCGAUCGGCGUAUUUCAACUCUAUCUUGACGCGAUUCGAAACUCUACGAGACAAACUUCACCAAGUUCCUCCAACAGACCUAGUGAAAAAUCUAGACGCAGAUCAUCCCACAUAUUUAAAAGUAUUGAACACCAAGCUCUGCAGGUGGUGGAGAUGGAAAAUGAAGACGGUUGACCCGCUGCCUGUGCAGAUAGCAAUUAUGGAUAAGGAAACAGUUUUGAGACUACUGAGGCUCCUGUUGACUGGCACGUUGUUGCAAAGUGGCUCUGAUAUCAAUUUGAAGGUCAGUAUGUGGAUCUGGGCAUUGCUAGCUAGGCUACCGGUAAGAGGCGAAUUGAGUAGUGAUGAGAUAGGAGUUGUAAGGGAACUAGGGAAAAAAGCUGUGAUGCUCGGUGUUGGAUUAAAGGCGGGUAGUGACUUGAAAGAGGGCUUGGAUGAGGUGGAGAAGGUAUUCGAGGCCGAUAAUGAGAUCGAAAGUGCGGAUGAUGAAAAUGCCACUAGCUCCAAAGAUCGGAACACAGAGAGGAUUGAAAACCAGCCGGAAGUGGAGCUUCAGGUAACACAGAACAGCAGUAAUGCCUCGCUGAUAUUAGACUCGACGGACAAAUCCAUCCUAUCAACGACAACAACAAAGCCUACUAGUCCGGAAGAAGACACUUUGGGAGCAACGCCAGAUGCCCAUGAACUAGAAGCGCUCAAAGCCCGCUUACUCGCUAAUAUCGCUUCAAAUCUGCAUGUUGGUCCCACAGCAAUCGCAGAUUCUCAGCCUCUCGAAGCAGAAGAACCUUCCAAUUCCACAACUGAAGCGUCGGCGCUCACACCAGAGCAACCACCUGAUUGGAAUACCAGAGCGACAGUUGACAUGAUUAUCACGAUUGCAGGUGAGAUGUACGGACAGAGAGAUCUGCUGGAGUUUAGGGAAGUAUGGGGUGAGUAG